AUGGGAAAUUUUGAGUUCUGUUGCGUUCAAAGACUCUCCUUUAGAAAACCCCAUAGAAAGAAGUCCCAGGAGUUCAGAUCAGGCAAGGUCAUGAUAUUCCCUAAUGUAGAGGAGGCACUAUUCGAAUUUAAUGUUAGGCUACCAAACCUAGGGGAAUCCUGUUUGUCUGGGUUAGGAUGUGACACCCCGAACUCGGAUUGCUAUGAUGGGAUUUGCCAGUGCGACAAUGGUUUCGUGGGAGAUGGGGGAGAAUGCGUACCUGAUGAAAAUCCGGAACCUUGUGAAGGAGGGAUAGGAGAUCCUUGCGAAAAGGACGAAGACUGCGACAAGAGUGCACAUCUAGCCUGCAAUUUGUGCCUCAUGAAAUGUGACUGUGCCCAUGGAUACUUCUUCGACACAACCGUUCUCUUGUGCGUGACUGGGGAUGGCGGAUUGGGAGACGCGUGCUCCGAUCAUACCGAUUGCAACGCAAACCUCCAUUACCAUUGCAACGAAGAGGCAGGAAUUUGCACCUGCGCCGAUGAUUACGAACUGGACGUUGACACCCUCCUCUGUGCAUCCCUCAUCUAUGAAAUGAUUAACAGAGAGAAUCCCCGGGAGUCUGGGAGACGAAUGCUCGAGGGACGAGGACUGCGACGCAGACCUACACCUCCAUUGCGACAGCCAUCUGAAGAAAUGCUAUUGCAUGGAUGGCUUCUCCCUGGAUCUUGAAACGUUUCAGUGCGUCAGGGAAUGAAAUCGGAAUUGAUGUUUCCUUCAGCCGAAUAAAAAAUAAAAUAUGUAUGGACGACUUUGUCCCUCUAACCAUCGGAUUCCGAUGAAGGUAUCCUACAUGAUUACAAC